CCCCAGGUCGCCUUCCAUUCCACCCCCAAAAUGAAGCGCAAGACGAAUGGAACCAGCAAGGGUCAGCCCGAGACCAAGAAGCGCGCCUUGUCGAGCGAGGAAGUCGCCACGCGCUUCCGCGACGGCCUGUUCGAGACCUCCGAGCAGCAGAAGUACACCGAGCAAUACGCCCAAUCUGCUCCGUACAAGCAUGGCGUCAUCCACCCCCUGAUCGAGCCCUCCCUGCUGCGCGCCGUCCGCGACGAAAUCCAGGCCCAGGUCGACUUCACCGAGAAGGAGACCGAUAUCUACAAGAUCUUCCAGUCCGGAGAUCUCGCCAACCUCGACGGCCUUGACGAUGCCUCCCUGUCCCGCCUGCCCUCCAUCCUCAAGCUGCGCGACGCCAUGUACUCGGCCCGCUUCCGCGAGUACCUGUCGUCCGUCACGGGCUCCGGGAAGCUGAGCGGAAGCAAGACCGACAUGGCCAUCAACGUCUACAACGAGGGCUGCCACCUCCUCUGCCACGACGAUGUCAUCGGAAGCAGACGCCUGUCCUAUAUCCUCUACCUGACCGAUCCCGACACGCCGUGGCAGGCCGAAUGGGGUGGCGCGUUGCGCCUGUACCCGACGACCACGAAGAAGGAUGUGAACGGCGACGACGUCAAGAUCCCCAGCCCUGACUUCACCCUCAGCAUCCCUCCCGCCUUCAACCAGCUGAGCUUCUUCACCGUCCAGCCCGGAGAGAGCUUCCACGACGUCGAAGAGGUGUACCACCCCAGUGAGGGCGAGGACAAGUCGAAGAAGCGCGUGCGCAUGGCCAUCAGCGGCUGGUUCCACAUCCCGCAGGAGGGCGAAGACGGCUAUGAGGCUGGCCUGGAGGAGAAGCUCGCGGAGCGGAGCAGUCUGGCCCAGCUCCAGGGGCGCGGCGACAUCUACGACCUCCCGCAGCCCAAGACGGUCGAGUGCGAGAGCGAGAACGAGGCGCAGGACGACGGAAAGGGCAAAGGCAAGGCCAAGGUGGAAGAGCAGCCCACGUCCGAGUUCACGGAGGCCGAUCUCGGGUUCCUCAUCCAAUACAUCGCGCCGUCCUACCUGACACCCGACAUCGCCGAGGAAAUGUCGGAGACCUUCCUGAACGAGUCAUCGCUCAGCCUGGACCGGUUUUUGUCCGAGAAAUUCUCCGCGCGCGUUCGGACCUACAUUGAAGAGCAGGAGAAGCAGGAGCUGCCCAAAAGCUCCGACGAGAUCUUCGCGCAGACUGGGUGGACGGUCGCCCGCCCACCCCACAAGCAGCGCUACAUGUACCAGCAGCAUGGCACCGCUACGCAGGACCAGAAAUCUCCGAUCCAGGAACUCUUGGACGACCUCUUCCCGUCCCGGGCGUUCCGGAAAUGGCUGGCCACGAUUACUGGCUCGGAGCGUAUCACGAGCUACGACUUCCUGGCCCGUCGCUUCCGCAGAGGUCAGGAUUACACCCUGGCCAACGGCUAUGACAGCGAGGAGCCCCGUCUGGAGCUGUCGCUCUGCCUGACGCCCACCCCCGGAUGGGAGAAGGAGGACGAGGAGGAUGACGAGGAGGAUGACGAGGACAAGCCCAAGGCGAAGAAGGCCAAGGACGACGCCAAGACCGCCGAGGAACCGGCCGUCGGUGGUUACGAGAUCUACAUGGCCGGCGACGACGAGGACGACGGCGAUGCCGCGAUCUACCGGUCCGCCGGGGCGGAGGAGGAUGACGGCAUUCUCUUCAGCACCGCAGCCGGAUGGAACCGGCUCAGCAUCGUGCUGCGUGACAGCGGCACGCUGAAGUUUGUCAAGUACGUCAGUGCGGCUGCCAAGGGCGACCGUUGGGACAUCAGUGGUGAGAUGGGUGUUGUGUUCGGCGAGGGUGAUGAUGACGAUGAUGAGGAGGAGGAAGCUGGAGACGAUGAUGAGGAUGAGGAUGAGGAUGAGGACGAAGACGAGAACGACGAAGAAAUGAACGACGACGAAGAGUGAAAAAGUGGCCUUUCACACUGUAUAUACAUACCCAUGACACUACUUACCUUACCAUAUUCUGAAUGAACCCGCGACCAUCCUGACUGGCGCACCAAAAUAGAAUCGAU